AUGAAGAUCCUGGUCGUUUUCGCAGCGGUUGGCAUCGCAGUUCUUGCUCUACCAAAAAGGGCUAAGAGGGAAGCGUACGUGCUUCCGGAUGGCGCCGAGUUCAUCGUUGGUGGUUUCCGGACUUCCUUCACGUGUCCCGCCAAGAACGGCUACUUCGCCGACGUGGACAACAACUGCCAGAUCUUCCACGUGUGCAACGUGGUUAAUUACCCCGACGGAAAGACAGAGGUGCAGCAGUACAGCUUCUUCUGCGGCAACCAGACCGUUUUCAGCCAGCUCAGCCUGACGUGCACCUUCCCAGAGGAGGCCGUGCCGUGCAACAAUGCGCCGGACUUUUUCUACGUGAACGACAACAUCGGCAUCGAGAAGGCGCCAUUCCUGACCGACAACGAUGUCCAGAGGGCAUCUCAGCUCAUUCCACUGUACAAGUCCAAGGCUUGA